GAGGUAUCAUAAAGUUUCCGUAAAUUUAUGAAAUGUUUUUCAUACAUAUUCAUUUUUCUAAUGAUCACGCACAUGGUCAUAUGCAUUGGAUGUAUUCAACUAAUACCUUACGAUGACGACUCAUCUCAGGAUUCAUUCAAUUUUAGUGAAAUUCUAACAGAAAACAUGAAGUACGAAGCAUUUGUAGAUAUUUGUACCCUCAAAAUACUAGGUGGUUUUAAGGCAACAAUUACUCAAGUACCCUAUCAAGUUACGUUAAGGAGAAAAUUUCUUGGAGGCUAUGCGUGGUCGUCGUUCUGUGGAGGGUGUUUGGUAACCAUGAAAUAUGUCAUAACAGCAGCACAUUGCCUCAUUGAUUCAAAGUUGGGUAAGUUAAAAAAAUUAAGCAACAUCAGAGUUGUUGCUGGUACAACAAAAACAACAGUGACCAUUUUUUCACUGGCAGAGGGACAUUGGCGAAGGAUAAAGCACUUCUAUAAGCACAAAUAUUAUGAUGAGACUAUUUUAGAGCAUGACUUUGGUGUAAUAGAGGUAAAUUAUGCGUUUAUUACUUCGAGUAAAGUAAAACCAAUUCGCUUACACUCCUUGAAUGAUGAAAAUGUAAAUGACGGACAACAAUGUCUCGUAUCAGGUUAUGGACUUAAAGAGAAGAAUAAAACAUCGUUCUAUUUACAAAUGGUUUGCGUACCAAUAAUAAGUAUUACAGAUUGUAAACUUGUCUAUAAUGUUGAAUAUUUGCACUCAUCCAGUUUAUGCGCAGGAUCACCAGGGAAAGAUAGUUGUCAGGGCGAUUCUGGUGGACCUCUGGUUUGUAAUGGUGUUUUGGUUGGAAUUGUUGCUUGGGGUGGAAUAUGUGGUCAACAACCCGGCGUGUACACAAGAAUUUCAUCCUACACUUCCGAAGAACACGUGCCAUUCGAAAGGAAUGCCUUCGCAGAACAUUCGAUGUAUUUUGCUCCAUCGAUAAUCGAAUUUUGUAUUUUAUUGUGCUUGUUGUGCGUUAUAUAG